AUGGCUUCAGCUCCGCCGCUCGUCGUGGAUUCCGAAUGGGAGAACUUUCUUGAGAAUUGCAGCACGGAGGAGCUUUCUUCCUUCUUGGAGAAACUGCGGUCCAACAACAGCAAUGGAAACCCUCAAGUCGCGUCGCUGCCAGCGAACGGCGGCGCGGCGCCAUAUAGAAGUCUCGAGACCGACAUCAUGGCGCUAGCGGCGGCCGGCACGCCGCAAACCACGGCGCAACAGCCGCUGCAGACCACCCCGCCGCUGCAAAGCAACGGAGCCACGCCGUUCGGCACCGCGGCCUUCCCCCUGCGCGCCGCCGGCGGCGGAGCCGCAUUCGACGCUCACUCGCUUGCGGCUCGCCACAUUGGAGGGCUAGUAGCCACCGGAAACACCUCCGCGUUUAACUCCUCUGCUGACGUCAUCUCCAGCAGCAACUUUGGCGAGAGCGCCUUCUCCGAAAGCGGCUGCGUCGGCGGCGGCGGCGGCGGAGGCGAGAAACUCAAGAACGAAAUGGAGGAUGGGUGGGAGUCCUUCUCACCCCAACCACGCCGGGCCGGGUCCCUGCCUGGCAGUACUAACACCACUACGCCGGCCCUGCCCGCGCCGCCUUUUCUAGCGGGUCAGCCGGCCCAGAGGCUCUUCGGCAGCCCCCCUGCUGUAACCACUGCGUCCAGGCUCGGACCCUCCAAGCUAGGAGUCGCAGCCGGCCCUGCUACAGCCGCUACAGCCGCUGCCGGCGCUGCCGGCGCGGGUGGGAGCCGGCGGAGUGGGUCCAACAGUGCCGACCGGGCGGCACGGGCCUCGGCAGGCGAGGAUUCCCCGGCUCGGCAGAGCGGGAGGCAGGGCGACGCUCCGAGCGGCGGCGAGGCGGGCGGGGCGGUAGUGCAGGCUACAGGUUCGGGAGAAGCCGGCGCACACGGCAGGGAGAGCGGCGACAGGCUGGGUGAUAGGCACGGGAGCGACGGUGAGAGCUCGGAUGAGAUGGAGGGAGGGGCUCACAUGGACCAGUUUGGCGAAGAUCAUGCGCCGGGCCGCAACUCUCGGCGGGUGGGCGGCAGCGCAGGGGAUUCCGGGCUGGGUGUGAAGGCGGAGAAGCGGCAGAUUAAGAUGAAGAGCCACGUGGAGAGCCAGCGGCGCAAGCGAAUCAGUGAUGGGCUGAAGCGGCUGCGGGACUCGGUGAAGGGCACGGGUGACACUGCUACGAUGCUGGACGAGGCAGUGGCUUAUGUGGAAGGACUCAAGCAACAAGUGACAGCCCUGCAAGUCUCUCUCCUCCUCAAGGACACAGCCCGCCCCCAGCUUGGUGGUACACCACCAUCGAUCCUCGGCGCUGACUCAGCACUCCUAGCCCAAGCUCUGCAGCAGCAGCACUCUCUGGGCAUGCCUUUCUCCCUGCCAGGGAAUCAGCAGCUGCCCCAUCAGCACCAGCAACAGCAGCUGCUGCAGCAGCAGCAGCAGCAAUCGCUGCAGGCAGGCCCGGGCAUGUUCCAGGCUCAGCGUUAUCCGAACCUGGGCCGGUACUCGGGUGAGCAAGGGGCGACGGUGUCUGCUAGUGCACCGACCACAUUGCUACCCCGUGCUGGAUGGUCUAAGCGGCUAGUGGAGACUUCUACGGGGGGCAGCUGCAACUCCCCUAAGUUUGGCUCUUGCUGA